AUGUCUGGGAAGUCGCUGUCCCACCCGCCGCCCCGGCCGCCGCUAGUGGUGGAGAGAAAGAAGAGGGCGUGUGGGGAGUGCAGGCGGCGAAAGCAGAAGGUGCGUGAGACUGAUGCGAUCAACGACAACCUUGCAGAAACUGCCGCCGUCGGAUGCCAGAACCCAUUUGCGAGUAUGGAAUCACAGGGCAAGUGCAAGACUCGGACCUCGUUCGAUUAUGGAACAACUUCGAAACCCAGUCAAGCCAAAUACCACAGCAGUCAGAUAACAUCCCGCCUCCUACGAACCCAUAUCUCAGCAAUUUGCUCCCGCUUUCCGCCCACCAUCCACCUCUCUCCCAAUCGUCCAUGUUCGUGGCAACAUGCAUGCUGGGCGAGAGGGUAGUAAUGGACCGGGGAACCAUGAUCGCUGCCAGAGGCAAUGCCAUCCGGACAUUACACAAGAUGUUGAGUUCUCCUCAGUCAUCAACCACGGACGAGGCCAUCGCGGCAGUCGUGAAACUCGUCGUCAACGACCUAUGCUACGGCGAAACACAGCACCUCCGACUCCACAUUGACGGUGUCCGUGAGAUGACUCGGUUGCGUGGGGGACUGACCUCGUUGGGUAUGAACGGGUCCCUGGCAAAGAUGGUGAUUGUUGCAGACAUGGUCACCGCCAUCGCAAUGGAGAUGCCGCCGCUGUAUCCGGAACAAGAAACCACGGACUACACCGCGUUACUGGAGAGUGCCGGCGAACGGUCAUUCAGUAGCAACACAACCACCCUGCAAGAAGCCGUUUCACCGCAAAACAGCCCCAGCUCGAGCUCGGCCCCAUUCUCCUCCCUCGAGCCCAGCACGGCAGCCGUGCUCAGCGACGUCGAGUUCCUGGUCGACACGGUCCUGGGGCUGCCGCAGAGCCCGUCGCCGUGGGAGCUGCAGAAGGUACAGUCCAUGUCGGCGUGGGUGCGCAACCGCGUGGCCGCCCAGACGGAGCACAAGUCGGCCGCCGCCAUGAACCUGCACCGCGCCGUCCGGCUCGCGGGGCUGGCAUACUGCCGGGCCAUCCAGGAGCGCCACCCGCUGUCCGGCGUCGUGGGCGAGGCCGAGGCGGCUGACAUCGUCGACGCCGCCCGCAUGGUGUCGCUGGAGAUAUGGGCCGGCCAGCUAGGGCCGCUGCUGUGGAUCCUGACGGCUGCGCUGCCCGCCGCCCGCAGCUCGCCGCGCUGCCACACGGGCAAGAACAUGGUCAUGGCCGCCUCGCUGCAGAUGGCGCUGGACGACUGGGCCGCCGCCGCCAAGGCCCUGCGCCGGACAGUGAAGCUACAGGCUUGGCUUUGCGCCGGCGAAGGGCGCGACGAAAACCCUGCUGGCCAGAGGUCUCAAUAA